UGGGGAACUUACUGCGAGUAGGUGUGUCAGGUGAUGCGCGUUUUGCCUAACCGUUUGUUGACGGGCGGCCGCCAGCAGCAGAAGUAGCUAGCUCCCUAAACAAAUUGUUGUUGGUAGUGUUUAUUAUUCGAAUGACAAGGAAAUCCGUGAAUGACUUUUAGUUUAGAUAAGGUAGUAAGAAGCAAAAAGAAUGAGUCGAGUGCCGAACGACGAGGCGGUGCAACUCACCAACGACGAUGCAACCGAAUGCAAGCAGUCAGCUGUGCAGCUAGGUUACUGGCAGGACCCAUACCUCUUUUACUUCGCACGCUCUGCUGAGAGGAAGCCGCCAGAAAUCAACCGAGGCUAUUUCGCCAGGAAGAGGGGCAUAGAACUGCUUGUUGAAAAAUUUCUUAAGUUAACCAAUUCAAACUGUCAAAUUGUGAACUUAGGUGCAGGGUUUGACACACUCUACUGGCGUCUCCUUGAUGCUGGAAAAGCUGUUACAAAACUCAUUGACUUAGAUUUCCCAUCUGUGACAGCUCGGAAAUGCCAUUAUAUAAAGCGCAACAAGCCUCUGCAGGACAAAUUGAAUUUAGGAGAGGGUAAAGCGUUCAGUGGUGCCACAGAGCUGCAUGCUGGAAACUAUCACAUUGUUGGUGUUGACCUUAGGCAACGUUCAGAGUUCGUUGCCGCUCUUGAACAAUGCGAGAUUGAUUUCUCACUACCUACAUUAUUUCUUGCUGAAUGUGUUCUAGUCUACAUUGAUAGUUCAUCUGUUGAUGAAGUCUUAACAUGGAUUGCUGUCAAUUUUGAGUCUGUUGCCUUCAUUAACUAUGAGCAGAUCAAUAUGAAUGACCGCUUUGGGGAAGUAAUGAAACAGAACCUACGCCUUCGCCAAUGUUCUCUGAGUGGUGUUUCUGCUUGCCAAAAUUUAGACUCUCAACGCAGAAGAUUUACUGACAACAAUUGGGAAGGCACACAGGCUUGGGACAUGGUAGAAGUGUAUGACAAUAUACCAGGUAUUGAACGACAAAGAGUCGAAAAGAUUGAAUUCCUUGAUGAACAAGAGUUGUUGAUUCAACUUUUUCAGCAUUAUUGUAUUUGUGUGGGGUGGAAAGGAGCAAAAUUAAGUCAGGUAAAUUUUGAUUUUUGAUAAGUAGCCAUCUGGUAGACAUCAUCUCUGUAACAUUUUUUUCUUAUAUUUUCUUCUUACUUCAAUAAUCUGUACAUAAGGCAUCAUAUUUGUACAUUGUCACCUGUCCUCUUGUUCUAUUCUAUUGGAUUUUCAUCUAUUUUGUUAUCUGUUGCCAUUUAUUUUUAAAUUCAGAUUUCACCUAUUCUCAAGGCUAGGUAACUUAAAUUUUUUGUUGACUGUUGUAGUAAUACUCUGAUGUAAAUUAAUUUGUGUGAAUAUUGUAUUUUUCAAAAUCAUUGAUAGUUUUUUCUCUGGUCACGUUUAAAUAUUACCUUCUCUUACUUGUUCUUGACCUCACAUUAGCGUCCCAUGAAAGAGAUGAAAAUGUGUUUCAUUCAUUGCAUGCACUUUGUAGGGUAAAGAAUAAGUUUCUGUUUACCAAUUUUCUUGUGUACUAAUUCUUUGCUUUUUUUGUGAGGACUCCUUCUUUUUUCACAUUGAGCGAUUGUUUGCUCUGUAAGAAGCCUGGCAAAUUCCUUAGGCAUCUUUUUUUUUUUUUUUUUACAAUCCCAGUUUUCCUAAAAAAAUUACUUAAUUGCUCUCUUUAAUAGUUCUUAUCUUAGUAUUUCAGCACUCAAGUUCUGGUGAUGUUCAUAAAAAUGUUAGGGCAAUCUUGAUUACCACAAUUGUAUCUUAGUUAAAAUAUUUACAAAUCUCUAUUUCAUUGGCUAAUCUAUAUCUUGUGUGUCUGUGAUCUGUGAAAUACCAUGUUAGCUCACCUUAGUUCUUUGUUCAUAAAUACUGUCUGCAUCUGACAUACAGUGCUUGGUAGUAAUCUUUCCCACCUUUCUAUAGUUACAAGAAAAACAAAUUUACAAAUAAUGGCAAUGUACACGGCUUAAUUACAUUCAAAAGGAAAUGUUUGACCAAAAGAUGUAACUCUGCUGUAUUACAUUUGAAAAUGUGGCUUGAACACCUUCCAUGUUGUGAAAAUUGCCCGAAAGCUU